AACAUUACCUAACGACCUAUUUAAUAAAUUGUAGGAUUGUUUGGGGAAUGGAAAAUGUACGGUUGCACCCUAUUUGGUGUAUUAUUAAGAUCAUUUAGGAAAAAUCAUUCGACAAAUGGUGACUGUAUGGUUGUUGACUAUGCGGGUUGUGUACAUAAAUGGCGUGAGCAUUGCACACUGAAGAUAAAAAUUACGACCAAAAUGUGUCGAUCCGACACAUUGGAUGUGUACACCGUGUUGUUUUGAAAUCGAUGUGUCGAUUCUACACAUUGCGCUGGUUUUUGCUCAAAAAGCCAUUCAAUGUGUAAACUGUCCUUUUGCCUGAUUCAUCAAAGUUGCCGUUGGGUGUCGCCACUAGUCUGGGACUUAGAAAUAAAUAUUAGCGAAAAAAAAACAUGCGGUUUGUUUGCUAGCGGAAUAUUUGUGAUUUUAUUUCAAUUAUUUCGUGUAAAACUGGCACACAAAUGUGAAAAUGGAGGCUUGAUAAAAUUUGUCUUCCGGACUGGAAAUACGACUUGUGGCCACUGACAAGAAGAACCAUCCUGUGCUGACGCUGGUAGAGAAGCAAAUUGUUCCCGUGCGCAAAAUGCCCAUUUCGCACCGUCGCUCUUCAUCCAACUCAGAUAGCUCCAGAAAAGAUGAUUUAUCCGACUCGGGCUCGAAUUCCAGCUUAAGCAGUUCGUCGCGGACUCGUCUUCGCGGCGGCGACGAAAAAAAGGCGACACGGUCCGACAACGGCGCGGUUCGAGUUCCAGCUCGGAUGACGCAGGUGGCGAAGAAAGAUCAAGCUGAUAAAGAAGCAAGUGGAAGCGGAUGGAAUGAAGCGGAUCGUGACGAAGAAGGUGCAGCUCCAGUCCGCGGGAGACGAGCCACCUGCGGGAUGUGUCCCCUGGGGGGAAAGUUGGCACCGUGAAGUAGGUGAUCGCGGUGGAGAAGCACAUGCUAGCAGCUGUGGUUGAUGCGGGAGCGUGUUUGCUAGAAGGAACGGGAAGCGCGAGUUGGCGAUUGAGGAGAAGAUUUCGUUGCGGAAGAAUCGCUCGCCUAAGUCGCGAUGUCACCGCGGGGAUCUUCCUGAGGCCGAGAAUUUCUUAAGAAAAAUCGCCGGGUCGCCGGAACCGGUUGCUCGCUAUCGCAAUGCUCCGGACACCGUUGUUUGAAGAACGGAGCGUUCUCCGGAUCUUCGGCUGGACGAUCUUCGUGGACGGAAUUUUUAAAAGAUCGUGAUCAGAGACUUCGUGAGCGAGAGUUGUCCCGAAUGGGAGGAAGCGUUGACCAGGUGUCGAGAGAGACAGCGUGAACAGGACCGGUUGAAGAGUGCUGGGAAGGAUCGUGAUCGUGCAGUUCCACCACCAACACCGAGUUCCGGUACUGGAUCUGUAAGUCAAGGUCGCGAUUUGGAUGAAGGUUUGGACAAACCUAAUCAACAUCGGGAUGUGGCGUCCGCCGCCUCGCGGCAUCAUCGUAGAGUCAAAAUGAAGAGCCAGCAUUGCGUGGACAGCCUGGGCUGUCAUAACGAACAGCUGGACGAGUGGAAGAAGCGAUUCAAGUAGCGGAAGAAGAGAAAGUGUAGCAGCUGCUGGAAAGAUGGGGGCAAGCGCUAAUCCCGAAUAUGUCAGAGGACUGGUGGUCUCAGCGUAUGAAUCGAUGCCGAUGCAUCGGGGACGAGGAAUCUUCGAUAACGGCAGCUUGGCGUCCCGGAGUCGGGGGCGAGGCGUGGCGAGAAGCGGAACCGAAGAAAGAAAGGUUAACGCAUCCGAAUCGACGGAAGUACCAGAAGAUUCAGAGCAUGGAAAGCGGGCGAUGAAGAGCUGCCCUGCGGCUACCAACGACAUCAUCAAGCUGGGUUUCCCGCUCGCUGCCAAUCACGCUAAGGGUCAACUAAUUGGAUGUCUGGCCGUGACAUGGUUAGUGCUGCUCAAAUUGGUUUGGGGAAAGUCUGCUGCUGGUGCUGGCUCCGACGCGUGAACUCGCCAAGAAUUUCCCGAAGGUAGUACGUGACUUGGACAUGCACAACUCGUGCAACUUUGGCGGCGAGUUGGAAGGACCGCUGGUUAGAUUACAGUAAACAAUAUUUUGUGAACUUGCUGACGUUGGUUCCGUUUCAGGUUCGUGACAUGGAACGCGGCGUUGAGGAGCACAAUCCUGUGCACGUACUCGUCGAAGCCGAUCCGCAAGAUAAGCCUGUAGGCGAUGCACAAUAUUCUUCAAAUCGUGUCCAGCAGCAAGCUGCUAUCUUUUCUGAGGAUCGGUUGCUGAAGACGGGUUCAGAGUUACGUCACACCCGGCCCACGGCUCACGCCCGGAUCGCAGCUCUGCCUGGAAGAAAGUGUCGACCUGACCAACAGUCGGGAGGUUAACCACGAUCGCGAGUCUUCCUUUUCGUCAACAAACACCAAGCACAGCGAGGAUAUCAGUGACAAACUGUUAUGUAUUAUAAAUUACAUUUAAUUCUUUGUUUGAAUAAAAUACAAAAAUCCAGUCUAA